AUGAAUACGAAAGAGAAUUUCCUAAAUGUUCCCUGGCUUUUAAUUGAAGCUAGAGGGGUAUUCGACGUGGAGGAGCUGUCGGCCCGCCUGAGCCUGAUGGCCGCCGCCGGCAGCGAGAAGGAGCUGCUUAGAGAGGCGGCAAGUCUGGCCGCCUCUCCUGCUUCUUCCCUAGCCGCCACCCCUGACGGCAACUACCUCGACGCCAGGUGCGUCUAUCUGGAGCAGCUGCUGAGCGGUAAGGUUAAGUUAGGUUAG